CUAUCUGUCGUGAGCUUCUCCUUUCAGACAUACAUAUGUAAAUGGACGUAAUAUUAUUUAGUUAUAUUUUACUUUUAUAAACCAUUGAAUAUUAUAAUUUGAGAAACAAGAAUUUUCCAAUUAGAUCAACUUUUCCAAUUAAACCCAAAAAGGAGAAGAAGACUAUUCCAGUAUAAUAGGGGGGCCCGGUCUACGUGGAAUAAAAAUGUGGUUGAUACAUAACUGAAGACUUGCACAAGUUCCAAGUCAAGCAGCUGUAUCAAAGGAUCCUAACCAUGGCUAUAAAUUAAAUUACAUGGCAGCAAAGCCCGUUCAUAUAUACAGAGGCAUUUUAUCCUCAUCUCUCUAGUUUGCACAUCUUCUUCUUUUUUCCCACUAUGACGUUGCAUGUGUUCUCUUGUUUAUUUGCUUUGAUCUUCUUGGUUAAUACUCUUGUUUCUCUACCUUCUCGUCGUCUUGACCAAGUCGAGAGCCUUCUCUCUUUCAAAAACGAGUUUCUUCUGUCAUGCAACAAAUCAGUGACAAACUCUUGGAACCGUGACGCUAUCUCCUUCGAUGGGGUUUUGUUUGAUAAAGACACUGGUGGUGUCACGGAGCUAAAACUUCGUGGUGCGUGUCUCAGCGGCACUCUCCAUGCUAACAGUAGCCUGUUCAAAUUAUACCAGCUCAGAUAUCUGGAUCUCUCUCGCAACAACAUUUCCUCUUCAUUACCCGCAGAGUUUGGCCGACUCGCCGACUUAGAGUUCUUGGAUCUUCACCAAAACCGCUUCACUGGAGAGCUUCCAUCCUCAAUCAGCAACCUAGGCGUUGCAAACACCACCGUAUUAACCAAGCUUCAUUUUCUAGACAUUUCUAACAAUAGUUUCCAAGGAAAAGUGCCCGAAUGGUUAUGGAAUCUUCCUUCUUUGACCGCUACUAAUCUAUCUCACAACUCCUUUGAUAGUUUCCCAAACGUUUCACCAACCGUGAAGCACUUGGUCGCAUCAAACAACAACUUCACAGGAGAGAUUCCUCUUUCAUUGUGCAAUCCAAGGAACCUAUUAGUCCUUGAACUAUCGAACAACAGCUUAACUGGUGCGGUUCCAAGAUGCCUGAGUGAAUCAAUAACAAUGUUGAAUCUCCGUCGCAACAACCUUACAAGCCUUCCCGACACAUUCUUCAACAGCUCACUGAAGAUGCUUGACGUCGGCCACAAUCAAAUAAGUGGGAAGCUUCCAAGGUCUCUUGAACAUUGCAAAGGCCUAGAGUUUGUAGAUGUGGAGAGCAACGCCAUCGAUGACACGUUUCCUUUCUGGUUGAAGGAUCUGCCGAAUCUGACAGCACUUAUCUUAGGAUCAAACAGAUUCUACGGUCCUAUAUAUUCUCCUCAGUACCCCCUGACGUUUUCAAAACUGAGGAUCAUUGACAUAUCACGUAACAUGUUUGACGGGAGCCUGCCACCAAAUUACUUUGUGAAUUGGAGUGCAGCCAUCAGUAGUAGUAGUAGGCUUGAGUAUGAUCGACCGCGAGUGAAACUUCUUAACACAUAUGGAAGCAUUGAUUUCUCUGGAAACAGAUUUGGAGGAGAGAUUCCAGAAUCCAUUGGUCUUUUGAAGUCGCUCCUUGCCCUCAACUUAUCCAACAAUGGUUUCACCGGUCAUAUUCCAUCGUCUCUAGCUAAUCUCACAGAGCUUGAGUCACUGGACAUAUCUAGUAACCAACUUUCUGGGACAAUUCCACAAGAGUUAGGGAAGCUCUCCUUCUUGUCGUAUAUUAACAUGUCCUACAACAAACUCACUGGGGAAAUACCACAGGGUACUCAAUUUCAAACGCAAAAUGAGUCUGCAUUUGAAGGGAAUAUCGAUCUAUGUGGCUUUCCUCUUCAAAAGAGUUGCUCCAUGGCAAAUGUAUCAUCCCAUGCUUCCAAACCAAUGCAUAACCUCAAUUCCCGUAAACCCUUGCUGCUAUUCUCGUUCCUCAUAGUCUUUCAUUUUGUUCUCUCUUUCUCUUUUCCACUUUCAACAAGUUUGUAGCAACUUUUGAAUGCAGUCUCUUUGUAAGUUUGUGUUUACUUUAAAUAAUCAACCUAAUGAUCAUAUUUUA